GUAGGAUUUUAAAACUUGGUCAGAUGCAGUUUUUACAGUGUAUUUGUUGUGAUAGUAGCUGAUAGUGCACGCUCCGAGUUCCAAAUGCUCAAGCGAGAUACUUGUGUUGUUUUUCAGGUUUGCGUACUUAAAAAAAAAAAAAAAAAAAAAAAAAAAAACACCGUGCGCGCGAGCCUGAUGGGUCGCUCACUGCCUCGCUGUCGAGGACGCGCGUGUGCAGGAUGAGGACAGACAGGACCUGCACAAACGAAGCACUAACCAAUCCGCUUACUAGUUUUUAUUUUUUGUGUGGGUGGGGUGUCAGCUUCACACAGCUCAGACAGCUGGAUCAGUUCAGCAGCGCUGGGUUCAAGUCCUGUCUGUCUGUCUGUCUGUCUGUCUGUCUGUCUGUCUGUCUGUCUGUCUGUCUGUCUGUCUGUCUGUCUGUCUGUCUGUCUGUCUGUCUGUCUGUCUGUUGUAAGCUCCGCGUCGAUCAGAGGAGGAGAAAUAUCUGACUAAUUCACGGACUGAACUGCGUUAGUUUAUUCAUUCAGGAUGUGUGGCAUGGAUGUGGACCUGGAUGAUGGUGGUCCAGCUGAGGAGGAGGAGGAGGAGUUUUGGAUGGGGGAUGCUGUGAAGAUGCUGCCGCCUCCUGUGGCCCACAGCGAGGGCAGCGCGUGGGGCAGCCGCAGGGGCCGGUGCGGCUGCGUGGCCUGUGGGGCGGUCCUUGUCCUGUGGAACCUGUGUGUCCUGGCAGCUGGAGCUCUGCUGCUGCUUGCUGUCUUCUCUGUGGUCCUGAUGCCUGCGGCGCUGCUGCUCUACGCCGGGUUCCUCUGCCACUCCAGGGUCCUCGACGCCCCCUCCGCCAUCUGCCGCUACCUUGAUGACAACAGCUCCUCCYCCCUCAUCAUCCUGGGCUUCGUGAUGAUGUCGCCCCUCGUGGUGGUGGCGGCGGCCGUCUUCUGUGGGCUGCUCCGGAGGUUUCGCCUCUUGCUUUUCAUUCAGCCGAUUCGGCGGGCCUGGUACAGAGGGAGGCUGCUGGACUGGGGGGGCAGCUUUCACGUCUGGGUCUGAGGGGGGGUGAAGGGUGCUGUGGAGGUGAAGAGUCAAGUUAGAGGGGUGAUGAUUCCUGCUUCUGGACAGUGUUCGGCUCUGAUUGUGCCAUCAGCUGAAAAAGAUGGAGGCUGAAAACUGGGUUGAAAAAAAGCCGGUGCAGUCUCAUGAGACCUGCAGGUUUGAGAGGUUCUGUCAGGUCGAACAGGACUGCACGGUGUCAGCGUAGAUAUUGUGACGUGUGCACGUGCUGUGGUCUCAUGCUGUUUGAAUAACCUGCAGUUUUAUGUCGAACUAAAUGCAUCAAACUCAUUUCUUAUCAUCAAUGUGUAAAAAGAUAAAACCAUAAAAACACUGACCCUCAGUUCAGAGCAGCUGAGUCCGUUUAUUGGCAGGGUCUAAACAAAAUCACAAAUUUAAAAUAAGAAAGGUAUACAUUUUUAUUUUAAAGGAUGCAUAUUUAUGAAGAUCUGAUAGUGCUCAGAGCUAAUACCAAACCUAAUUUAUGUGAGGAAAAUUUUUUUUUCUGUUGUAAGGUUGUAUAGCAGCCAUCUUAAAUCCAGAGUCCAAACAUUAAUCAGCUGUCCAGGGGUUCAUGAGACAUUUUGCCAACAAUUAAACACACAGGUAUUGGCUACAUUUUAAGGUAGCUGAUGAUAAAAGUUCAGGCUGGUUAAUUAUUAAGGCUGCAGAAAAGCUGAGAUGUUUGUGGACUUUCAGCUGUUUGAGUGUCAUUUAUAAUCAUCACAUCAUGUCAGAUCACUGACUGUAACCUGAGUUGGAUCUGAUAAAUUACAAUUUUAGUGUCAUAAUGAGCCAACUAGUUAAAUUAUCUGCUUUGAAAAGCUGUGACAUCACUGUGCUGUUGUGUUUAGUGAAAAAAAUAACCAAUUUUACUAAAAGAGAACUUGGAAAAAAUUACAAAAACUCAAAGAAGUCAGGACCUUUUAAUAAACAUUAUUUUUUUAUUUGGUCUUUAAAUGCAGGUGGACUCUAAUUACCAACUUCAACAACUAGUUUUUCCUGCUAAUUUGAUUAAAAUUACUAUAUUUUAAUAAAUAUAACAAAGUAUAUAACUGUAGUAGAAAUAUUUUACAGAACACCUCAAGGUUUUUUUUAAUAGAAAUCAAAUGUAAACUUCCAGCAUAUAACAGCUUGUUCCUCCGUUUAUAGAUGCAUUUUAUUUUCCAUUUUGUGCUGUUUGUGAUCUGAGACAUGAUGUUUUUCUAACUUCCACACGUCGGCUCAGUUUGUGGUUUGUUUCAAGGAAAAAUAUCUAUAAGCUGACUGUUGUAGGUUUUCUUAGACUUGAAACAUCAAAGAUUAAAUGAUUAAAUGUGAUGAACAGAUGUUCCAGCAGAAUUUCUCUCUUUCUAUUUUUCAAUUUUAUGUUGCUUGUAACAAAGAAACUCAGCUUUAAAGGACAAAACAAACUUUGUUUUAAUUUCACACACACACACACACACA